AAGAAUACAAGAAAAAGCAAAUAGAGAAAAGGUGAUAAACAUUUUGAAUUCUUGAAUCUUUCAGGAACAUAAAAUAAUAAAGAAAAGCAUUGCCACCCAUUAAAAGAGGGAAGGAGAGAAAAAGAAAGCUGAAACAAGAAACUCACAAGAAAAGAAGCAAGAAGAUAAAGAGAAAAGGGAGAUAGCCAUAGGGAAAGAGAGGGAGAGAUAUAUAAAGCUAGAGCUUAAAAUUUAGACCAAAGAAACAUGUACAGGUUUAGCAACACAGUCAUAGGUUUCUUGAAUCUUUUCACUCUCUUAGCAUCAAUACCAAUAAUUGGUGGAGGAUUAUGGAUGGCAAAGAGUAGCACUACUUGUGAAAGUUUCCUUCAAACUCCACUUCUAGUAGUGGGUUUUGUGGUGCUCAUAAUUUCAUUAGCUGGUUUCAUUGGAGCUUGCUUCCAUGUAGCAUGGGCACUUUGGGUUUACUUAGUAGUGAUGUUGUUCCUUAUUGCAACCUUAAUGGGUCUAACUAUUUUUGGGUUUGUCGUUACAAGCCAAGGUGGUGGUGUUGAUGUUCCUGGUAGGGUUUACAAAGAGUACAGACUUGAAGAUUAUUCUCCUUGGUUGAGAGAUAGGGUUAAGGAUCCUGACUAUUGGAGAACCAUCAGAAGCUGCAUAUUGGGUUCAAGGACUUGUGCCAAACUUGCUUCUUGGACUCCUCUUGAUUAUAUGGAAAAAGACAUGUCUCAUAUCCAGUCUGGAUGUUGCAAGCCACCAACAUCAUGUAAUUACAACAUGGCAACACUGGUGCCCCAAGACCCAGAUUGCUAUAGAUGGAAUAAUUCCCCAACUUUACUGUGCUAUGAGUGUGAUUCUUGCAAAGCUGGAGUUCUUGAAGAUGUGAGAAGGGAUUGGCACAAGCUUUCUGUCCUUAACAUAGUAAUGCUAGUGCUUCUAAUUGGAAUUUACUCAAUAGGAUGCUGUGCUUUCAGAAAUACAAGAAGGGCUGAAACUGAUUACCCUUAUGGUGAAAACAGGAUGACCAAAGUCAGACCCAGAUGGGAUUAUUAUUGGUGGAGAUGGUUACAUGACAAGAGAGAACAGCUUUACUAGAGCAUAACAAAGGCAGCCUUGUACUCAUGCUUAUGUUUUUUGGAUGUCUAAAGAUGGGACAGUUCAGUUGUUUCUUCAGUGUUUUAGUGGGCAUUUUGGAAGUUUCAAAGUCACCUUCUUUUGUGUUCUUCCUUUCUCUCUUUUUUUUUUUUUUUGACAGUCUUCUUGUUCUUGGUUUACUUUGCUUUUACCUUUCCUUUUGCUUUGUACAAAGAUGGAUUUCACUUUUAAUUUCCAAAGUUCAUAUCAUAAUAUCUUUCUCCUACAAGUUACUUAUUA